UGGCGGUGACACAAGCGGGAAGUAUGGCGGCUACAAACGGUGCGAUUGUCAGUGAUGCGAUUGUUCAAAUAUCAAAUUACGAAGGUCCUGGAGUAUUGGACCUUUCAAAUCAGGGUCUUCACAAACUGGAUUCAAUGUUUCUCUGUCCAGUGGAGACCCAGACUCUUAUUUUGGACCAGAACCACAUUAUUAAACUGGAACACACAGAGAGAAAUGAAGCUCUGCAGCAGCUGUCUGUGGCCUGCAACCGUUUAGUGCGCAUGAUGGGCGUCUCAAAGCUAAUAAACUUACGAGUGUUGAACCUCCCGAACAACAGCAUUGGAUAUAUUGAGGGCUUGAAGGACCUGAUUCACCUCGAAUGGCUCAAUCUCUCUGGAAACAAUAUAAAGGUCAUCGAGCAAUUGAGCAGCUGUGUUUCUCUUCAACAUCUGGAUCUGUCAGACAAUAAUAUUUCUCAAACUGGAGACCUCACAAAGCUUUCAGCUUUGAAGACACUUCUUCUGCAUGGAAACAUCAUCACGACUCUGUGUACUGUUCCUGCCCAUCUGCCAUCGAGUCUCACUGUCUUGUCUCUAGCGGAGAAUGAGAUUAGAGAUCUCGCUGAGAUGUCAUAUUUAGCACCACUACACAGCCUUGAGCAGCUGUCAGUCAUGAGUAACCCUUGUGUCAUGGCCACCCCGUCUGUACCCGGCUGUGAUUAUCGCCCGUACGUGGUGAGCUGGUGCCUGAAUUUAAAGGUGCUGGAUGGAUAUGUAGUUUCACAAAAAGAGGCACUGAAAGCUGAAUGGCUCUACAGUCAGGGGAAAGGUCGAAUGUUUCGCCCUGGGCAGCACGCACAACUGCUCCAGUAUCUGGCCUACACGUGUCCCCUGACAGCCACAACUGCCUUACAAACUGCAGAGGAUGCUAAACUUGAAAGAAUCCUCAGCAAACAAAGACAACAUCAGCGACAACUGCAACAAACACGCUACUGCAGUUCUCCGAGUCCAUCUCGGCCCACGUGUCUAGACGUGAAGCAGGGGCGCGUGCACAGGACUAGAGAUGAGGCAGCUGAUAAUGUCAUGGCUCAUGCAGAUGUAACAGAUCCAGGAAUUCAGAUGGACACGCGGACCGGUGCUGCAUAUUCACCUGCAAUUGCUGCCACCCGCCCUCCACCCUUGCCCACAGACGCCCUGGUUUUGCAAGAUGUGUCGGAUGAGGAAAAGCUUGAUGGCAACCCACUCUCUUCUGAAUCUGCUUUUCUACCCUUUACUUCUGCAGUUCAGCCUCCUUCACCUUCUGACAGCUGCGACGAGGAGUUUGAUGAUUCUUUAGCCCCGGCCACGUCGGUUCAGUGCCGCCCAUGUGAGGAGGAGGCGGCCGCUGUCAAAAGCGAUAUGCAGGAGGACGUGGAGUUCAGCAGGACACAGGAGGCAGCUGUGAGGAUUCAGUCCUGGUGGAGGGGAAACUGGACGCGCCACAAUCACUCACAUGCCAGAGAAGUACGCGCUGAGAUCCGCCUCCGCAGGAUGCAGGACUACAUCAUCCAUCUGAGAGGAGAACUGGAGAGACUGCGCAGACAACAAGAAGAAGAGCGACUGCAGAGACGCGUGCAGGAAGAAGCUGUAAAGUUCUUAUGGAAGCAGCUUCAGAUUGUACUGGAAUGGCAGGCAUCAGUCAACCAGCAACUUGGCGUUGUGCAGAAUUUGGUAUUAGACCCCAGGGUUCCCACUGCUGCUCCUGUGCCCACCCAUAACUCCAUCUCUGAAUCUGGCUUUCAUUCUCCUGGUGAACAACAGGGGGCGCCAGAGAAAAGCCUGAACAGUUCAGCCGGCUCACCCGAGCCGUCUCUUGUUAAUGUGACGCCAGCCGCUGGAGACAGUCUGUUAGAGGAGUAUCUCUCAUCUGUACAGAGACAGGAGGAGGAAGAAGAGGCUAAAGGAGCAGGGGACAGUCCUUCUACACCAUGUGACAGCUCUUCUAACACACUUAAAGAGCUCUUGAUCUCACCUGACAUGGACAGACUGAAAGUAGCUGAAAGUCAUCAAUCUUAGCAAGUCAGGCUGCCUUGUCCCUAAAUUUGUGCCAGAACUUGAGUUGAGCUUGAUCUUUUAUAGUCUUGUUUAACUUAAAGAUUUGUGGGAGAUUUAGUGAGUUGUGACAUGGACAUCACAGCUUUUCUUCUGACCAACUGUGAAUUAAAUACAUACAUGGACAUUUUUAUGAAAUUAUGUACAACUUUCUUAAAUAUUUUUUCAAGUGCACUAAAUCUUCAUGAACCCAGAGUGCCACGUUCUUCCUGUGCAUUUAUCAGUAGACAUGUUUUUCGAGGCAACCAAAAGUAAUCUUAGAUGGUGUAGAAGGGAAGUCAGUUGAUUUCAUAUACUGUAAGCUUUUCUUUAUGAAUACUGUGUGCGUCUGCUGCAUGUGUCAUAUGUGAAGUAUGCAAUGACUGUUAAUUUAUUUCACAUUUUUCUAUGUCAGAUAUAAAAAAAGUGAAAAUGCACUUUUAAUAAAUAAAAAGGUCUUUAACCAAUUCCAUCAACAUUUUUAUUUCAUUCUGCAUUCAUACAUAGGGUUUAUGCUACUGGACCAACAGCGACAUUCAUUUAGAAGACUUUAACAGAGACACUAUUUAAGUUUAUGGUUAAGGUACGUUUACACCAGGGUAUACAUCAAGUAAGAGUUGCUCUAAAUCAGAAUAGCAGAGUCCACAGCUACUGUAUGAUAACAAUACAGAGAGGAGCAAUAUAGUCGUAAUCCAAUCAAAAUACAUUUGAAUUUAAAGACAUCAUGCAUUUGAAAAGUAAAACUGCAGCAUGCUCGUGUCACGCUCCAAGUAUGUUUUCACCAUUUAUCUCCUGCUGGACUACAUUACCCAUCAUCCUCCACACUCCCUAACCUGAUUUAUUUGCUUCUAUUCCCCUCAGCCUUUGUCUGUACUCCAUUAUAUAGUGGGUUGCCUGCCUGCAUGUCUAUUUGUUUUUAGUUUUAUGACAGCUAGGGUUAGCAUAAACGCAAGGUUAUCCGUUAGGUUGAUCUGGACACUAAUUCUGUAUAAAGUUACCAAUGUAUUUAUAGUUAUGGUUCUUGAUGUAAACGGGUCUGAAGUAUAAAGUUUGACUGGCUUCAUCAGGUACCACUAAGAUAUUUUUAUACACAAUUGGCCAUCUGUAAAACAUUUAAUAAAAAAAUAUAUAUAUAUAUAUUUUAUUUAUUGUUUUACAUUGUCCUGUUACUCUCACUAUUACAUAUUUAUUCAGUUAGUGGAUUUAAUUUAUUCUUCUGAUGUUAAAUUUUAUCUUUACAUUUGCAGCAUGUGUGGUGUGGUGUUGUGUUAUGGUCAGAGAAAAUCUGUCAAUAACGGAUCAUUUUA